AUGAAGAUUUCUUUGAUCUCUGCUCUUUUCUUGCUCGCAACCGCUUCUUUGGCAGCUGCUGCGCCAGUUGAAUCAACAUCGUCAGUUACAAAAGUUAUUUCACCUGGAGCUGCUCAAAAUCAUGAGCAUAAAGCGCAUCAUCAUAAACUUACAAUUAAAAAAGGAAAAAAGAAACAUCAUCAUCAUACUAAAGCAAAGCAUGGAGAAGAGCCUACUGAGAAUUAUCACAAUAAAAAGAAGCAGAAACAUCAUCGUCAUACUAAAACGGAGCAUCACGAUAAAAAGAAACAGAAGCAUCACCAUCAUACUAAAGCAGGGCAUGGGAAAAACCGGACAACAGUGCCAGCUUCUAACCCGAUUCCGGAUCAAAACUCUUUAUUUCAUUACAGAAAAGGGAAUUUCUAUAGAUUUUUAAAUAAGAAAACUAGAAGUGUACGAUUGAUAAAUAAAACUUUUAAAUGUACGCGCCAAAAUGCCUAUGAAUAA